AUGGAUGUCUGUGAUAAAAAGUUUGAGGAUUCUGGAAGCAGGAAUGAGGUGCAGCUUCAUACAGGGAUUGUGUUUUCUUCCUAGUCUUCAAAUGCGCAGUGGCUGACUGCAGAGGAGAGGAACGAACUUAUUCCUGGCCUGAAGGCAGCAGGAUGGUCACAAUUAAGUGACAGAGAUGCCAUCUACAAAGAGUUCACCUUCAAAAAUUUUAAUCAGGCUUUCGGCUUCAUGUCCAGGGUUGCCCUGCAGGCAGAAAAGAUGAAUCAUCACCCAGAAUGGUUCAACGUGUACAACAAGGUCCAGAUAACGCUCACCUCGCAUGACUGUGGAGGCUUGAGCAAGCGCGAUGUGAAGCUGGCCCAGUUCAUCGACAGCGCUGCCGCUGCUCUGUGAUCACCUUCCAUGCGUGUAAAGAUCAGAACCUGGUCGUCUGCAGUGUUUUUAAAGCCAUUUAUGUGAAUCAGUUAAAUCAUAAAUUUGUUUGUUUUUACAUAUAUACAUUUUUGUAUAGUUGAUGCUUAAAUACAGAAUGAUUUGAACCUGAA